UAUAGCUAUAAUACUCAAGUGGGGUUAAAAAAUCACAAAUAAAACACAUGCGACCUUGGAUUUGUAAAAUGGAGUAGUGUUUACUGGUCUAUAAAACGAGCAUGGAGAAAAUAACAAGGAUCAUCAAGAGCUAGCAGCCCAUAACAUUGGAAAAUGGCUACCCAACAACAAUCUUUGCUAGACAAGCCUAGAAAAUCCCUUAACAAAACUUUCUGGCUAUUCCUCUCUUUAGCUGCAAUCAUAAGUUCCUCAGCCCUUGUUGCUUCUUAUCUCAAACCUACCUCCUUCAAUUUCAACCUCUCCUCAUCAACUCCCCAUGUCUGUGAACAUGCACUUGACACUUCGUCAUGCUUAGCUCAUGUUUCAGAAGUAUCUCGAAGCCCCAUCUCAACCUCCACAAAAGACCCCAAAUUGAAUAUCCUCAUAUCCUUGCUAAGCAAGUCCACCUCACACAUUCAGGAAGCUAUGGUCAAAACCAAAGCUAUCAAACACAGAAUUAACAAUCCCAGAGAGGAAGCAGCUUUGUCUGACUGCGAGCAACUAAUGGACUUGUCCAUUGACAGAGUGUGGGACUCAAUGAUGGCUCUAACCAAAGACACCACUGAUUCACAUCAAGACGCGCACGCAUGGCUAAGCACUGUGCUCACUAACCAUGCAACUUGCUUGGAUGAACUUGAAGGUCCAUCUCGAGCAUUGAUGGAGGCUGAACUUGAAGACUUGAUAUCAAGAUCAAGAACUUCUCUGGCCUUACUCGUUGCUGCUUUGGUUCCAAAGGGUGAUCACAAGCAAUUCAUUGAUGAGGCUCUAAAUGGGGACUUUCCCCAAUGGGUGACGAGCAAGGAUCGGAGGCUUUUGGAAGCUUCGGUUCGGGAUGUAACAGCUAACGUUGUUGUGGCUAAAGAUAGGAGUGGCAAGUUUAAGACCGUGGCUGAGGCUGUUGCAUCGGCACCUGACAGUGGUAAGCCACGGUAUGUUAUUUAUGUGAAGAAAGGAACCUAUAAAGAGAACAUUGAAAUUGGUAAGAAGAAGACGAAUGUGAUGCUCGUGGGAGAUGGUAUGGAUGCUACUGUCAUCACCGGCAACUUGAAUGUCAUCGAUGGAAGUACCACCUUCCAAAGUGCCACCGUUGCUGCUGUGGGCGAUGGGUUUAUAGCCCAAGACAUUUGGUUCCAAAACACAGCAGGCCCAGAAAAGCACCAGGCAGUGGCUCUUCGUGUCGGAGCAGACCAAUCAGACAUAAACCGUUGCCGCAUUGAUGCCUACCAAGACACUCUCUAUGCCCAUACCAACAGGCAGUUCUACCGAGACUCCUUCAUCACAGGUACCGUUGACUUCAUCUUUGGAAACACAGCUGUUGUAUUCCAAAAGUGCAAUCUGGUGGCCCGAAAGCCAAUGAGUAACCAAAACAACAUGGUCACGGCCCAAGGACGAGAAGACCCAAACCAAGUCACUGGAACUUCAAUUCAGCAAUGUAACUUGACACCAAGCCAGGAUCAAUUUGCAAGCCUGUUUCUACAAGCGAUAUUGGGAGUUUGUGGGGGAUUCUGUUUUCUCCUUCAUUCAUGAUGCUUUUGAGCUUGGGCAUUUUGAUCCAAGUAUUGCGGAAACUCUCAUUGUCUUGAUUCCUAAAGUAGAUAACCCUAAAUCUCUGAAGGAAUUAAGGCCCAUCAGUUUGUGUAAUGUUCUCCAUAAGCUCCUUUCGAAGAUCAUGGUGAAUAGAAUCCGUCCGUUCCUCAAUGAUCUUAUCAGCCCUUUUCAGAGUAGCUUCAUCCCAGGGAGGAGUACUACUGAUAAUGCCAUUGUCCUCCAAGAGGUGGUCCAUUCCAUGAUGAAGACAAAGCGACGGGAGGGGGAUGUGAUUUUCAAGCUUGACCUUGAAAAAGCCUAUGAUAGGCUUGAUUGGCGGUUCUUGGAGAGCACUCUUGUUGACUUUGGGUUACCGGCAAAGUGUAUCCGUAUUAUUAUGUUUUGCAUGACGUCUGUGUCCCUCUCGGUCUUGUGGAAUGGUGAUAGGCUCCAAGGGUUUAACCCAAAACGUGGGCUUCGUCAGGGGGAUCCCCUCUCGCCAUAUCUCUUUGUCAUGUGUAUGGAGAGGCUUAGUUCCCUUAUUUCGACGACGGUUGAUGAUGGUCGAUGGAAACCUGUCACAGUGAAUGGUUCUUCUCUUAAGCUGUCUCACCUCUUAUUUGCGGAUGAUCUUCUCUUGUUCACCCGUGCAAAUGUGGAGCAAGUGACUUUAGUUAGGGACAUCCUAGCUUCGUUUUGUCGAGCUUCUGGCCUUCGUGUAAAUGAGGGAAAGUCCAUGGCUAUGGGGCAGAAAAAUCUUUCUCCGGUUAUGAAGAAUACAUUGUCCACUAUUACGGGGAUUGCUUUCUCACCUCAUAUUGGUAAAUAUUUGGGUUUUCCAAUAUUUAAUAAGAGAGCAACUAGAGGUGAUUUUCAGUUCUUGGUGGAUAGGGUGAACUCCAGGGUUGCGGCUUGGAAGCAUAAUCUUUUGAAUCGUGCGGGCCGGGUCACUCUUGCUCAAUCUGUGCUUUCCUCUAUGUCCACGUACUGUAUGCAGCAUACUUGGAUCCCCACUGGAAUAUGUAAUGAUAUUGAUGCAGCGGUGCGUCGUUUUAUUUGGAAGGGUACUACGAACCACGGAAUUCAUUUAGUAAAUUGGAACAUGGUGGCUCAGCCGAAGCGGGUUGGAGGAUUGGGAUUACGGAAAGCCCGGGAUCAUAAUAUUGCUCUUCUUGGAAAGCAUGUUUGGCAGCUGCUUAAGAAUGAAGAUAAACCCUGGGUCACGUUAGUUAGGGAGAAAUAUGGGGUGCAAGGCAAUUUUCUUUCCGUACCAACUAGAAGUGGGUCGAGUGUUUGGCAGGGAAUCCAAAAGACUAGGGAUGUGAUCAGGGAUGGCUUUGAUUUCAAAUUGGGUGAUGGGCGGACUUCUCUUUGGUAUGAAGAGUGGCUCGGGGGCUUCAAGCUGUGUGAGUUAGUUCCAUUUGUGGAUAUCCAUGAUACUCAGCUUUCGGUUCGUGAUAUAGUGGAUGGUGGUACGUGGAAUCUAUUGCGUUUGUACACCCCUCUUCCUAGUGUGAUUUGUGAUAUGAUUCUGAAGCAAGAUAGCCUCCUCAAUGAUCAUGUGCCUGAUUGCAUGUGUGGACUGCUGACUCCUCCGGAGUGUAUACUGCCAGUUCUGGAUACCAAUGGCUGAUUCACGUUCGUCGUGCUCAAGAGACGCUGGUUGAUCCCACCACUGCACUUCAUGCCUGGAAUUGGAUAUGGCGUAUUAAGGAACCUUUCAAGAUCAUUUUUCUGAUCUGGUUGGGGAGCCACAGUGCGUUGCCAGUAAACCAUCUGCGGCACUCUCGUGGCAUGGCAGCUUCCCCCAUGUGUACCAGAUGCAAUCUCUACCCUGAGACAGUCUUGCAUUGCCUUAGGGAUUGCUGGUUCGCUCGUCGAGUUUGGCAUCGCCUGGGCUUCAUCACUCAGCGUGCUGCGUUUAAUUCUUUGGAGGCCCGCGACUGGUUCAAGUUCAUGGUUAAUGAGGAUGAAGCCCUCGCACUUUCAGCGAUUUGGUUCAUUUGGACAGCGCGAAAUCGUGCCCUGUUUGAUCACGCAAUUCUCCCAGAGGAGCGCUUGUUGCAGGUUAUUCGAGAACAUAAGGAGUUGCUCCUCCAUGCUUGGCCCUCCCAGCCGCGGACUGCGCAGCCUCGGUUGGUGUCCUGGGUGCCACCGGAGGAAGACGAGGUAGCAGUUAAUUGUGAUGGAAGCUCCCUUGGUAAUCCAGUCCGUUCGGGUUUUGGAGGUUGCAUUCGGGAUUCCCAUGGCAGUUGGAUCCAUGGUUUUCUCGGUUUUGGCCAACAAAACUCGGUUCUGCAUAUGGAGCUCAUGGCCAUUUUUAAAUGGUUGGAACUUGUUUGGACUCUAGGGUACCGGCACGUAGUGUGCUUCUCAGAUUCCAUGCUUGCCAUUAAUCUGGUGCGUGACCCUCCGUCUCAGUACCACGUGUUUGCUGUUCUGAUUGCCCACAUUUGUCAGCUGUUGAAGCGUUCGUGGCGAGUGCGUUUGGAGCAUAUUCUGCGUGAGGGAAACUUUUGUGCAGAUUUUGUUGCUAAAGCAGGAGCAAACCAGGAAGUUAGCUUCCUCCUCCUCCCAGACCCCCUCCCUGGAAUAGGGGAUUUACUCAUCGCAGACUCCAUGGGGUCUGUGGUGCUUAGGCAGUAGUUUUUUCUUUGUGUUUUUUCUGUUUCCUUUGGUUGUAAGCAUCAAAAAAAAAGAAUAAGAAAUAGAAUAGAAGAAUGCAAGUAACAAUAGAGAAAAUAUCAAGAUUACAAAAUAAUUCCACGAAUAGAAUUCACAA